GAGUUUCGGAUACGUUUCUGUAUCAUCCGCUGACAAAAUAUCACACACGUCGGAACCAGAGCGCCUGAACUCAUCUUAACUCAAAAACAGCUCCAGACAAUGGCUCAGUGUACAGCAGCUUGUGGCAGUGGUGAUGUGAACGGAGGCAACAAGACGAAGAGGAAAGUGGCCAUCGUUACAGGCAUAACCGGGCAGGAUGGUUCCUACCUGGCUGAGUUUCUGCUGGCUAAAGGUUAUGAGGUUCAUGGGAUCCUACGGAGGUCCAGUUCUUUUAACACAGGCCGGAUUGAACACCUCUAUCAUAACCCUCAAACACACACCGAAGGAAGCACUGGAUCCUCUGUUGGUUACAUGAAGUUGCACUAUGGGGACUUGACUGACAGCACAUGCUUGGUGAAGAUCAUCAAUGAAGUCAAGCCCACAGAAAUAUACAACCUGGGAGCACAGAGUCAUGUCAAGAUCUCCUUUGACCUUGCUGAGUACACUGCAGACGUUGAUGGGGUGGGUACCCUCCGGUUGUUGGAUGCGGUGAAGACCUGCGGUUUAACUGACAGCGUCCGCUUCUACCAGGCCUCCACCAGCGAACUCUUUGGGAAAGUGCAGGAGAUUCCCCAGAAAGAGACCACCCCAUUUUACCCACGAUCCCCUUAUGGUGCUGCUAAGCUCUAUGCAUAUUGGAUAGUGGUAAACUUCAGGGAAGCCUAUAACCUUUUUGCUGUGAAUGGGAUCUUGUUCAAUCACGAGAGUCCUAGAAGAGGUGCAAAUUUUGUAACUAGAAAGAUCAGUCGCUCUGUGGCAAAGAUCCACCUCGGGCAGUUGCAGUGCUUCAGCCUGGGCAAUCUGGACUCCAAACGAGACUGGGGCCACGCCAGAGAUUAUGUGGAGGCUAUGUGGCUGAUGCUUCAACAGGAGGAGCCUGAAGAUUUAGUCAUAGCGACAGGAGAGGUGCACAGUGUACGGGAGUUUGUAGAGAAGGCCUUCAAACACGUCGGCAAAACCAUUGUGUGGGAAGGGAAGGAUGAGAAGGAGGUGGGCCGUUGUCAGGAGACAGGAGCCAUCCAUGUAAAGGUUGAUCCGAAGUACUACCGGCCAACUGAAGUGGACUAUCUGCAAGGAGACAGCUCCAAAGCCUUGAAGAAGCUGGGCUGGAAACCACUUGUGACGUUUGAGGAGCUUGUUACAGAAAUGGUGGCCGCAGACAUCGAGCUCAUGCGGAACAACCCAAAUGCCUGAGCCCACAUGCCUUAGUCUCCGCAUGCCAAAGGAGCAGUUUUCAUGUGUUUGAGUGUGUGUGUGUGUGUGUGAGAUUCAACCACAGGAAGAAGCAUUCAAAUGCAUUUAUUUUCCGCUGUCUAUCAUUUUCCCCCAACUCCAGCCUUCUUACCCCACUUCCACAGUGUAUUGAGGGCUCCCGGUGUUGCCUUCUUCCAUUCCUUGAAGGAAUAUUCAGAGUUCAAUUCAAGUUAAGCUCAAUCGACAGCAUUUGUGGUAUAAUGUUGAUCAUCACACAAAAUUAUUUCGACUUGUCCCUACUUUUCUUUAACAAAAAGCAAAAAUAUGGGUUAAAGUGAAUCACUUACAAUGGUAGUCAAUGAGGCCAAUCAGUAAAUGUUCCAAAAGUAUAGCCACAAGACAUAAAGAAUGUGCGUGUUAACAUGAUUUUAGUGUGGUAGAAUUGCUUACUAACAUUCUCUGUAUAAAUGUAUUUCCAAUUUUAAAACUUUGUUGCCAUAAUGAUGUAACCAAUUAACUUGAUGUUAAGUUGAUGCACCUAGAACUGUAGUCCACUGACAAAUUAUGAUUUUACCAACUUUAUUGCUUAAAUAAAAAAAAGUUUUAACAGAUGUGCUUUUAUAAAAUUCUAAGCUUCAAAUGUCAUCCUUUAAACCCUCCAGAAAUGGGCCACCUUCACUUUAUUGUAAGUGCCUCUCUGUAACUGAUUUUUCUUUUUUUUUCUUUUUUUUUUUUUUUUUUAAAGAAAAGGCAGGACAAGUCUAAAUGUGUUUUUGUGGUAAUCAACAUUAUGCCACAAAUACUGACAAUUGUGCUUAGCUUGUAUCAAACCUGGAAUAUUUCUUAAAUACAGUCACAUUUCUGGUUAUGUGUACAGCUUUUAAGUUUGUUCUCUGUCUAAAUUAUUUCUAUCCAUAUUAAACGUUGUUUUAAUUCAUAAUUAUGAUGAGAUGACCCCACAUACACUGUGAGGUUCCUUGGGUGUUGCCUUUCUCCAUUCCUUAGUACUGUCAUUCUGGUUAUAUGUAUGGAUUUUUUGUUUUUUCGCUGUCUAAAUGAUUCAAUUCAUUUUUAUAAUGCUGUUUUCAUUCAUAAUAAUGAUGAGAUGUAUACAUAAGGGAUUAAAGUUUUUGUAGAGCUUUUCAAAUGUCCCUGUUGCUGUUUUAUCAAGGUAAAUUCUUGAUCUGAAAAUGACAGUAGUUUCAACAUCUAAAAUCGUUUUCAAAUCAUUUGUGAAUUAUAGAACUUUCAUCUCAAACCAAACUGUCAAAUUAAAACAGAUGGGGGUUAAAUGUUUGUUUCUCAGAAUAGUUAUAUUAGUUUAAUGUAUUGGGAAGACAUCUUAAAGUAAAAUAUUGCUCAUUCAAUAAGUAAAACCUCGAGAGUGCGUAAUUACAGUUACGGCCAGUGCCGUUGAAUUUUUAAAAAAAAAAAUAACGGUUAACGUUUGUUUUUUGUUUUUUAAACCGUUUGAUUCUCGCCUCAGAGGAAAGAUAUACGGUGAAAUGCGUCAGAAUACUUUUCGUGUCAGUUUUCGCGGGUUACCUAGCGGUCACCCCACACCUCAAACAACCUCUUUCUUGUGUUAAGAGUGAAACGGGCGUCCAGGAGGCCUCGCGGUCCUCCAUUCCAGAUGCUAGAGUACGGCCCACCGCGCGCAGCUCAGGGAGCAGUAACUCGGCCUUGUAAAGCAGCUCAUGUUUAAUCACCUCUGACGUCGGGCGCAGCUGGGCCACUGAACUAUGACAGUGAAGACAUUUCGCUGUGUGUAGCGCAUCGUGCGAAAACCUUUCGCCAUGUUUAUUUGCAAUGGUGAGACUUCUCAUCGAAGUAACUACAGAUUCAUUCAAGAGACCUCUGUUAACUCAAAUGUGUGAGAAAGAGAAGACUGGUAAAAUCAGACCCUUAAAGGACUCAAGAGGCCACAUAUUCCACUCCUUUCGAAGUGCCAAAAUCUUGGUAAGGUCAUCUGACACCGACGUCUGAAUAAAUUGGGGUCUUUGAGUUGCCCUCAGAAGACAGGCGAUAGAGAGGGAGGUUGAUGUAUGUGUAUUUGUGUUUUUAAGACGGCAUUUCGAGCCAGUAGAUUGUCAUUUAAGCGCCUUAAACAGCGUACCAGUGUGAGCGGGCCUGAUUGGAACCAGACGGCGCCUCGCUGCUCCGCGAGCGAAAAAAGCACUUUUCCACUGGCCCGGGUCGCGAGCUCUACCACAUACAGGUGCACAGGCCGCGAGCAACCACUAACUACGUUAUAAAGCUGCCCCAGCGAAUUUAUUCCUACGUUUAAGCGAGGGAAUUUUGUUUUUGUUCCCUAAAAGCAGUGGGAAAGCAAUAUUGGGUGUAUUUGUGAUUCACGUGAAAUUAAAUUAAAUUCAUACAUUCAGGUGUAUCAGAAAUUCAAGAGGCAUGACAACCUUGACAUUGUUUAUUCAAUCUCUUAACAACUAUUAUCCUAACCCAUUUACAUUUUCUGUUGAAAGACUCCACAACAUUUUAAGUUAAAAGUGGUGUAAAUAAAAUACCCCCCUGAAAUGUAUAUUUUAGAUAUAAAAAUAUCUACCCCCUGAAAUAUUUUAAUUAACGAUUGCUUCUAAAAAAAAAUAAAAAGUCUAAUAACGGUGGCUAAUCUACACUAUUUAUCAUUUUAUUAUUAUUUAAUAAUAGCAUUUAAUUAAUUUGGAGGCAGUGGCGGCUCAGUGGUUGAGGCUCAGGGUUACUGACCAGAAGGUUGGGGGUUCAAGCCCCAGCACCACCAAGAUGCCACUGUUGGGCCCUUGAGUAAGACACUUAACUCCAGGUUGCUCUGGGGGGAUUGUCCCUGUAAUAAGUGCACUGUAAGUCGCUUUGGAUAAAAGCGUCUGCCAAAUGCAUAAAUGUAAAUGUAAAUGUAAUUUAUUAUUAUAUUCUGUCGUUAUUCUAUCUUGUAUUCACAUUUCGUCCAUUUAUCGAUUAUGCAGAACAUCAAUUAUGUACAACUGUUAUCUUUGUAAAUUGUUUUGCCAUUGUUGUGUAGCAUAUUUAUUUGUUUCUGUAUUAUAUUUCGGUGCAGCAAAAAACAGACCUUCUUGCUUUGUCAUGGAUGAUAAACCUAAUUUUGCCUUUGAACCCUGAAACUUCACCCUGUGAGAAUUUUGCAACAUUGAAGAAUAGGUAUUCCUCAAAUCCACUCUGUGUAAUCCAUUGUAUUUAGCUCGUGUCCAUUUUUCAUGUGUUUGUUUUUGUCUAGACAGUU